GUGCCGAUCUAUAGUCCACGAGCGCCAACACCUAUCGCACCGUACACUCAAGGCGUAAGAGCCGGUGAUUAUGUGUUCAUAACGGGACAGAUAUCUACCGAUGUUAAGACUGGUGAGCCUGUCGUGGGAUCACUACGAGUCCAAUACGAGACCACAUUCAACAAUGUCUUAGCCGUGACCGAAGCCGCCGGUGGAACGGCUCAUGAUAUCGUAAAACUGGGAAUAUUUGUCACAGAUAUCCAACAAAUCCAAGUCCUCAAUGAAGUUACAAAGAAAAUAUUCCGUGAGCCCUACCCGGCCCGCAAUGUCGUGCCCGUCAAUAAGAUACCCCGGGGCGGGAACAUUGAAAUCGAUGCCAUCGUAUAUUUGCCACAAAAUAAAUAA